AGCUCAACAUGAUGUGAUUUCGUCGUCCUGCUGUCUCUACGAAUAUAAAUACGAAUGCUUCUCCCGCUCUGACAGACUAUCCCACAGCUCAAUUCAGCUCGCCUGAGUACUACUGCCUCAUCUCCAGCUUCCCAUUUUCAACUUCAACCAAGCUCACUAUUAUCUUCCCCAUUUCCACUAUGUCGACAUCCAACCUCCAGCCCAUCCAGGUCUGGGGCCUCGGCGGUCCUAACCCACCCCGCGUCGCUAUAAUCCUCGAGCAACUGAAGCUCCCUUACACAAUCACCGCCCUCCCCCUCUCCGAGGUCAAGAAGCCAGAGUACCUCGCCAUCAACCCUAACGGCCGCAUCCCCGCCAUCCGCGACCCCAACAACGGCAACCUCACGCUCUGGGAGUCGGGCGCGAUUCUCGAAUACCUCAUUGAGCGCUACGACACCGACCGUCGCCUGAGUUUCGAGCCAGGCACGCCAGAGUCGUUCUACGCGAAGCAGUGGCUGUUCUUCCAAGCCUCUGGGCAGGGACCGUAUUACGGGCAGCUGGGGUGGUUCAAGUUGUAUCAUCACGAGAAGGUGCCGAGCGCAAUAGCGAGGUAUUUGGCGGAGGUGAACAGGGUGACGGGAGUGUUGGAUGGCUGGCUCGCGAAGCAGGAUACGGGUGCUGGGGGCCCGUGGCUCGUAGGCGGGAAGUUGAGCUACGCAGACCUUGCCUUCGUGAGCUGGCAGGGGGUUAUUGCGCAUGUGACCAACAAGGAGGAGUAUGACCUUGAUCAGUACCCGCACGCGAAGGCGUGGCUGGAGAAGAUGAACAAGCUGGAGUCAGUCUCGAAGGUGUUGAAGAGGAGUUUUGAGGGUACCAUGAAGGAGAAGGUGGUGCAGGCGGGUAAGUCAUGAAGAAUAGUGAGAAUGGUAGCUGCUAACAUAUAACAGCGAUAGCAGCGGCAGCUAAGAAGUCAGACGCCUGAGUGACCAAUGGCUUCAUUUACCAAGUACCGCGGCGUGCUUGAUGAUCUUUUGAGGUCUUCCGAAGGCUGAAA